AUGUCUGGUGGUGGAUCGGGCGUGGACCCCACGGGUCACCACGCCCUGACGAUCACUACGCUUUCUCCGUCAACAACGUCCCAACCCGGUCCACGUUGGGCUGAUCAUCAAUCAAGUUGUCUCAUCCUGCCACCCAUCGACCACGGGCCAGUUUGGGCCUGUAAACCGCCAGGGAAAGGGCUUCGAGCCCUCGACCUUUCCAUCCAUGAACAAUUGAUCGGCACGGAAGAACUGCGCUUCGUAGAAGACGUCCGAAUCGAGUCUAUUAAGCAUCCACUCCUUCGUUUCACCAUGCGAGAUGGUUAUCAAUCUCUGACAAGCUCCGCGCGGGAGAGCUUGAUGACGCGGUGCUAA